AAAGCGGGCCCCGGUCCAUUAGUAACGCGCGAGCUCAGCAAGCUCGCCGUCUCUUCCGGCCGUUCGCAACGACAACCUUCCUCAACUGAAGUAUGCUCGGCGCAUUUCAAUAGCCUCACUGCCAGGUCUGCGUAUCCUCCUUCGCCCGGGUAUUCAUCCCGCCCUGGCGAGCAGAUAGAAAGCGGCUGAUCCACUGGAUCCGCUGUAAAAGGCAGGAGCCCCUCGUACGUUCGUACCAAGACGACCGGCGGCCAGGCCCUCGAAUGAUGACGUUGCGACUCCGGUCUGUCUUUGUCUGGCAUUCGCCGCUUUUCUCGCUAAACGGGGGAUGCGCGGGCUGCCAAGUCUACCAGACGACGGGGAUGCGAUGCUCUCUACCCCGCUCCUCGCUCCUGUCCCACCGUCGAUCACUUUAUGAGCUAGUCGAGGCUAGGCAUGGGAGCAGGAGCUCGUCGAGUGUCUUCGCCGUCUUGGAAAGUUGGGGCGCGCACGGCAAUGUGCCAGCCAGGGCGGCGAGGGGGUGCAAGAGCGGCCCAACGUACUGUAGCUCCGAGCUGAGCGUGCUGUGGCGCGGCGUGGAGCCCCGCAUUUCGAAGAGAGCGGACGUCAAUUGCUCCCCGCGGCUCAAAGGUGGCGGGCCGUCGACCGAGAGCGUCGCGCAGCUCUCGACAUCGCAGCUCGCAGGCAGAGGGCAAGACGCAGAGAGGGGAACAAGGAAAUCUCGGCCGUCCUCAAUUCGUUUAUGCCCCGACCCAGCCUCGAGAGCUUGCCUGCGAGUUAGACCUCGUUGCGCACCUUGACUAGCUACGACAUCAAACGACAUCCUUGCGUGGCAGACUGGGAUCGCGGCAUCAGCUCUCUUUCUCCCUGUCAGCCGCGCAACGUCAGCUCAAUCUCGGCCUACGUUAGCCGCA